UUUCUCACCUUUUCAGAGCGUUUAAGCAAUGUUAAUAUUGAUAUUAUUCAUCGGAUCGACAGAACUGGAAGCUAUGCUGAGGAGAUUGAAACCUACUUUUUUGAAGGACUGCAGAAAUGGAGGGAACUGAACCUCACUCAGCAUUUUGUGCAAUUCUACAGUGAAGUGACCAACAAAUGCCAGUCCUUCAAUCAGCUGGUCUAUUACCAGAGUGCCAUUGUGCAAAGCUUGAAGACACAUUUGCAAGUUGAAGGCAGUCUUGCUUAUCAACCCCUAUUAGAUCUAGUGGUGCAGCUGGCUCGAGAUCUUCAGACCGAUUUCUAUCCUCACUUUCAUGACUUUUUCCUGGCCAUCACCAAGUUACUGGAUACACAGGACACAGACCUGCUGGAAUGGGCUUUCACCUCUCUUUCCUAUCUCUACAAAUACUUGUGGAGAUUGAUGGUAAAGGACAUACACAACAUAUACAGCCUGUACAGCACCCUGCUGGCUCACCACAAACUUCACAUCAGAAACUUUGCUGCCGAAAGCUUUGUCUUUCUAAUGAGAAAGGUGUCUGAUAAAAAUGCAAUCUUCAAUUUAAUGCUUGGCGACCUGGGGGAGCACCCUGAGAAGGUGGAAGGUGUAGGACAGCUACUUUUUGAGAUGUGCAAGGGUGUUCGAAACAUGUUCCACUCCUGUGCAGAGAUGGCUAUGAAGUUAAUUCUGUCAAAGCUGGGGCCUAUUACUGAAGAAGAAAUAGAACUCCCUUGGGUUACUGUAGGAGAAGCCUUUGAGCAGAUGAUCAGAUCAGCUGUGGUGCAUAUCCAUAAGGAGCAUUUUGACAUUGUCUUCAAGUGCCUGGAGGGAUCACUCUUAGACUUGCAGAGGAAAAUAACUAAGGCCAAUUGCUGUAUGGUUUCAGAGCAGAUGCAGAGGAUUCUGCAAACUUAUCUGAUCCUAGUGGAACAUGCAAAUGGAUCCAAAAUCUCACAGCCUGAAGAUGUCUGUCAGAUUUUAAUAAAAAUGCUACAAACACCAGAUCUCUCAUCAUCUUGCUGCAAGACCCUGCUGAAGACCAUUUCUUCAUUUCUGCUGGCCGAGAAUGUUUUCUUGCCUGAUUCUUUGACCAAGGAAGGUAUUGAGAAGGUAUUUGCAAGUGGAUUUGAACGGUGCUUUCUUCUGGAGUUCUCCGAAGCAAUGUUUACAAUGGAGCAAUUUGAGAGGCAUUUUCUUCCAUACUUUCUGGACUAUAUUGAGCAUUGCUUCUCCGGCACAGAUGCCCUUGCAAAGGAUGAGGCAAUGGCAGUUCUGGCUAAACUCAUUCUGGUGAAAGCAGAGCCUCCUACCAUUGGUUCAAUGCCAUUUGAAAAGUACCCUCUCGUUUUCACUGAACCGUCUGUCAGCUCUAAUACAAGGCAACAAACAAGUAAAAGACAAGGAGGAAAGGCAGAAGAAUUGGUAUUGGAUCAUGUACUGUCUUUAAUCCAUUUACCAGAGAAAGAAGACAUCACUGACCUUUCACAGCCUUGGAUUGCCUUGGUUGUGCUGCCACAUAUUAGACCAAUGGACAAAGCAAACAGUCUGUGCCGUGUGACAAAUUUCAUAGACUCUCUCUUCACAGCCAUUGAUAAAGGAAGCCUCUGCAAAGGAAGCCUGUUUGUGGCCUGCCAAGCUGUAAGUACUCUCCUUAGUUUGGCAGAGUCUUCUGAAAUACUCCAUUUGUUACCUGUGGAGCGUGUCAAGAGCUUGGUGACCACUUUCCCUUCAGACCCCUCUGCACUGCUGUUGGCUGAUCUCUAUUACACGAGGUUGGCAUUCUGUGGGUGCCAGGAACCUCUUUCCCAAGGGAACCUAAUGGACUUGUUUGAGAAAUUGCAUCCUAAUAUUUCCACUGGUGUUUCCAAGGUCCGGCUAUUGACUGUUCGAAUUCUAAACCAUUUUGAGAAUCCACCUUCUACACAGGUUGAGGGUAACAGCACAGGCAAACUCCAGACAGUAUUUGCCAUAUUGCUUCAAGCAGAACUUGUGCCAGCAACAGUGAAUGAUUACAGAGAGAAACUUCUCUAUUUGAGAAAACUAAGAUGUGAUAUAGUGCAGUCUGCAAUACCAAGUGGAUCUUUGCAGGAGGUGCCUCUUCGGUAUUUACUAGGAAUGCUUUAUAUCAACUUCAGCCCUCUCUGGGAUCCUGUAAUUGAACUCAUAACUUCUCAUGCAAAGGAAAUGGAGAAUAAACAAUUCUGGAAAGUCUUCUAUGAACAUUUGGAGAGGGCUGCUACCUAUGCCGAAAUGGAGCUGCAAAAUGAACUAGAUGAACAGGAGGAAAGCAUUGCUGAAACAGAAAGUGAGAAGAUGCCAGAAGGAGGGGUGGGGACUGUCUUCCUGGAGCAGCUGAGGACUAGAACAGAUUGCAGUGAGCGGCUGGACCACACAAACUUCCGUUUUCUAUUGUGGAAAGCACUGGAUAAGUUUCCAGACAGAGUGGAGCCCAGGUCAAGGGAACUUUCUCCACUUCUUUUGAGAUUUAUUAGAAAUGAGUACUACCCAGCAGAUUCAUUGGUGGCUCCAUCUCAGGAUCUCAGAAAGAGAACUAGUGGUACAUUAGCAGCAAAAGAAAUACCUGAUGAAGAGGUGAAUGAUGUUGCUAUGGAGGAGGAGGAGGAGGAAGAAGAAAAGGAAGGAGGGGAACCAAUUACUGUGGGACUACCAAAAAGGAAAACAAGAAGAGCUGCUGCUAAGCAACUAAUAGCCCACUUACAAGUUUUCUCUAAAUUCUCAAAUCCUCGUGCAUUGUAUCUGGAACAGAAGUUGAAAGCAUUAUAUACCCAG